CACAGAGGACCGUGGUGCUCCUUAACUGUGCAGCCCUCUUACAAUGAUGCUGGCAGCUUUCAUCUUUCUGCUCCACGUCACAGGUGGAAGUACAACCUCCAAUUACACAGAGCAACCAGAGCUUCCUGGCAAUCAACAGAUGUUCAACUACAGCUUUGAGGAAAGUGGAAGUACCUCCAAUUACACAGAGCAACCAGAAGUAAAUGGGGAGUCCUCCAAGGGUAACUGCACUUAUCGGGAUAUUUUAAAGCACUUGAACUUAAAAGAAACUGAGAACUUCAUGACUCGGCCUGGUGGUGAUAAAUCACCCACAAGAGUGAAGCUGGAUGUGCUACUCUAUGCCAUUCUAGAUGUGAAUGAGAAGGACCAGCAAUUUGUUUCUUACAUUUGGAUUGAUAUGACUUGGAUAGAUGACAACCUUUCUUGGAAUCCAAAUCAAUUCUGUGAUAUAUGGGACAUUUAUCUUCCUGCUGAAAAAGUGUGGAAGCCAGAUCUAACUAUUGAAGAGAUGACAGAAAAGGACAAGGCCCAUCCGAGUCCAUAUGUCAACAUUAUGUGGAAUGGUAUGGUCUUUCGCAGGGAUGACAUGUUGGUGGUCAGCACCUGCACAAUGGAGGUUUACAGAUUUCCCUUCGACUUUCAGAAAUGUACCCUUUCUUUCAAGUCUAUCAUACACUCUGACAAGCAAAUAAUGCUUGUACCGGAAACUGAAUCCUCGAGGAACACAAAGUUGUCUAAGGAGAUGAUGCGGACCCAGUCCGAGUGGCUGUUUAUUGACAUGAAAAUUGACGAAAAGACUGUAGACAAUUUUGGCGUGACCCAAAGCAUGUUGGUUUACACUAUCACCAUGAAGAGGCGGUCUGCGCUUUACGUGAUUAACUUCUUGGUACCCAUCCUGUUAUUCUUAUGUCUGGAUUUGGCCUCAUUCCUGAUCUCGGACAGCGGGGGGGAGAAGCUUGGCUUCAAGGUCACUGUGCUGCUUGCUGUCACUGUGAUGCAGCUCAUUCUCAAUGAUAUUCUGCCUUCGUCGUCAGACAGGAUUCCUCUUAUAGCGGUCUACUGCAUUGGGAUGUUUGGAUUGAUGAUGCUAAGCCUCAUGGAGACAAUUUUGGUGAUGCGUCUAAUGGAAAAAGACUCUAAAGACCAAAGCCUGAGUGAGGAAUGCGGGGGCAAACAGGGCAAAGUCAGCUUCCAAAACUGUUGUAGAGAGGUUAAGAAAUUCACUCACUUCUGUCAUAUCUGUGAUAUGUCUCCUGGUGAAACGCCAUCUGGACUGCUGCCGGUGGCCAAAGAGGGUAGCAGCAGCCAUCUGGCGGACAAGUCCCAUGCCUCAGAUGAGCUAAGUGAGGCAGUGAAAACUCUGACUCUGCUCCUCAGCAACAGGGAGGAAGAGAGGAAGCCUGACUACUGGACCAAAGUGUCUAAAACAAUCAACAAAGUUUUCUUCAUCUUUUAUGUCAUAACUGCCAGUGUGUUUUUACUCUGUUUGUUUUUCAAUUGGUAAGAUAAUAAGUGCUAAUAAUUCAGAUAACCAACAACAAGUUAUGCUGCAGGUUAAUUUGGGCAGAGGUGAAGCUGCUGAAAAAAAGUAUCUGCCCCAACUGUCACUAACCACAACCUUUUUUUGCAUGAACAAAGCUAAUGAUCAAAGGUGUACUUGAUUCAGGUUCUUCAGUUGUAUUGCAGCUGUCACUUGCAUGUUUCACACACAGUGGUUCACAUCAAACACACAUGUUGUCUUGUCAUACUAAUAUACUAAUCUACAUUCAAGGGGUACAGUUAUGUCGUUGCUAUGUAAUGAAAUAUACACUUUUAGUUAUGAUGCAUGCAGUGCAAAAUUUGUUCUUGUAUUUACAUGGGCAAUUUUUACAAUUCACCCCAAAACAUAUUAAAGUGUGUACAAUUCUAAA